AUGGGGCAGGGAUGGCUCCACAGCGGCCAUACUGGCUCUAGCGUGGGUUCCUUGUCAACGCCGCCGCCGAGCCAGUCGGCUGCGGGCGUACAGGCGUGUCAGCCUCUUGCUGUGUUGGGUGUUGGGUGUUGGGUGUUGGGUGUUGGUGCACCAGCCGCCUUGCCCGUGGCCAGCCACCAGCUAGCACGGCCUGUUUUGCUGCUACUGUGUGUUGCUGCCAACUUUGGAUACGCAGUUUCUGCGGUGCUCGCCGUCCCCGUCUGCGUCCCCGUCUGCGUCUGCGUCUGCGUCUCCGUCUCCGUCCCCAUCUCCACCCUCCACAUCGACAACGCUUCUCACUCUCCAGUCCCCGAACUUCCUCCAGUCCCCUCUCACUUGCUCCCCUCCCCCCAGUCCCCUCCACCCAUCCAUCGCCUCGCUUGCCCGAGCACUGCGCUGCGCCAGCACCACGACCGACCCGGCCAACGAGCACCGAGCGCUGCGCAAACGCUUCCGCAAACACUAAGCCCGCCCAGAGCUCGCUUGAGCGCGGUCCACCCACCCUCGAGCGGCGCGCCGCCGUGGUCUCGCCUGCCCGCCUGCCCGCCUGUCCUCGCUCCUUCCCUCUCCGCCCCAGAGCCAGACACCACCGCCGUCGCCACCCAGCUCUGCGGCCGCCGCGCACUCGACUCACGGCGCACAUCACCCACCGCUGCCAUGGCACACUCGCAGUCCGAGCAGCCCUUCCUGGGCCACCCUCCCGACGCCUCGCCCGUCCAAGGCCCGGACAGCGACUUCCCCCCGCCGCCGCCCGCCCACCGCGUGCCCGUUGGCAUGCACCCAGACACGCAGCCCUUGCAGCCACAGCCGCCCUCGUUCCAGCAGGACCCCAACAACUACUCGGACCUCUCCACCCCCGCCAGCGAGCCCAGAGGCGCCCCCCUCGGCGUCCCCAGCCGCAGCCCCAACGCAACCCCCUUCAGUGACGCCUACGACGGGGGCAUGCCGCCGCGCUCCAUGUACUCGAACCGCUCCUACGGCUCCCAGGUCCCCCUCGCCGGCGCCGGCCUCUACGCGAGCAACCACUCGCUGCACAGCAUGAACUCGCCGCCCCACAGCGCUCCCUUCUCCGACAGCCCCUACAGCCGCUACUCGUCCGCCCCCAUGACCAACGCCCAGGCCAUGGGCCAGAUCGACCCCGACGAGCUCGCCGACGACGACGACUGGGGCAUGGGCCCAGAGACUCCCCAGAACAAGCGCCGCUCCUUUGUGCCCUUUGGCGCCUCGCGUGACGGCAGCAGAAACGGCUCACCAGGCUCCUCCAUUGCGGGCGGCGUCGCAGGAGCCGGCGCAGGCGCUGCCGCCGGUGCUGCUGCUGCCGGCGCCUACGCUGUGAGCCGUGAUGGGAGCGGCAAGUACAACGCAGUCUCCAACGUCAACGGUGCUGGAAGCGCCAACGGCAGCGGAAGCCACGUGGGAAGCCACCCUGAGCUGCUCGCCGAAAAAUCCGAAUGGCUGAAGCGCGACCAUGCGAAGCGCAAGAAGAGGAUGUGGAUCGCCAUCUCCAUCAUCGCCGUCCUGCUGCUCGGUGCCAUCCUCGGAGGUGUCCUCGGUGCAUUGCUUAACAAGGGUGGCAGCCACGACGCGCAGCAGAACGGCGUCAGUGCCGGCGAUGUUUCAUCAGACAACAAGGACGACCUCGACAAGGACUCGAGCGAGAUCAAGGCGCUCCUGAACAACACCAACCUGCACAAGGUUUUCCCCGGCAUGGACUACACGCCUCUCAACGCACAGAUGCCCGACUGCGCAAAGGUACCCCCUUCGCAAAACAACAUCACCCGCGACAUGGCCGUCAUGUCGCAGCUGACCAACUCUGUCCGUCUCUACGGAACCGACUGCAACCAGACCCAGAUGGUCAUUCACGCCAUUGAGCGCCUGGGGCUGACCGACAUGAAGAUCUGGCUCGGCGUAUGGCUCGACAACAACAAUUCGACCAAUCAGCGGCAGAUUAGCCAGACAUGGGACAUUCUCGACGACUACGGCUGCGACUACUUCAAGGGCAUCAUCAUCGGCAACGAGGUGCUCUACCGCAAGGAUCUCACAGCCACCGAGCUGAUCGACCAAAUCACCGUCUUCAGGCAGAACAUCACCAACCACAAGUGCGAUCUGCCAGUCGCCAUGGCGGACCUUGGUGACAACUGGACCGCCGACAUGGCUACCAAGGUAGACAUUGUCAUGUCCAACGUCCAUCCCUUCUUCUCCGGUACCCAAGUCUCCAACGCCGCAGACUGGACAUGGAGCUUCUGGCAAAACAACGACGUCGCAUUGACAGCCAACAACCAGAAAAUCAAGCAAGUCAUUGCCGAAGUCGGCUGGCCUUCUGGCGGUGGAACCAACUGCGGUGGUGCCACCUCUUGCACUACAGGAUCUGUCGCGGGCAUUGACGAGAUGAACCAGUUCAUGGAAGACUGGGUGUGUCCCAGUCUCAAGAACUCGACCGAGUAUUUCUGGUUCUCCGCAUUCGACGAACCAUGGAAGAUCCGCUACAACGAGGCCGGCAAAGAGUGGGAAGACAAGUGGGGCCUCAUGGACGUGGACCGCAACCUCAAGGCCGGCCUCAAGAUCCCCGACUGCGGCGGCGCAGCGCUGCCAACCUUUGACUAA